AUGCCUUCAAGUAAGGAAGAAAAAUGCAUGUUCUACUUAAAAACAAAUGGAUGCAGAUAUGGCUCAGAGUGUACAAAAACACACAUUAUUCCAUCAAACAGUAGAAUCGUUGUUGUAAAGAACAUGUAUCUGUAUCCGAAAAACGAUUCCACAUCUACCCUGAGUGUAAAUGCACUACAGAUACACUUUGACCUGUUUUAUGAGGAUUGGUUUUCUGAAGUGUCAAUAGAAUACGGACCAGUGAAAAAGCUUGUGAUUGCAUCAAACAGAUGCACACAUCUGCAGGGAAACAUAUACAUUGAGUUCUUCGAGGAACAAAGCGCGUUUAAAUGCACAAGAGCGAUCUCAAAGAGAUACUACUGUGGAAAGCGAAUCGCCUCGGAACUCGGAUGCUCCGAUAGAAUAAGCGAUGGGAUAUGUGCCGAAUACAACAGAGGAUGCUGCAGUAAGGAAGAUCUGUGUGGAUUCAUUCAUGCAAAAAAUCCAAGUUCAGAUCUUGAAAGAGAGCUUUUCGAUGCCCAAAAUCUUCUGUACACACAAAAAGAAUAUCAAAACAUGGCAUCGCAAGAACACAACAAGCAUACCACAUACAUUGAAGAUAAUAAAAUGCACAAUAGCAGAUAUCCAAAUGAAUACAAUCAAGAUAACUAUAGUAGAAAUACACAAGAUGAAUCAACCAAAAGAAUCAAAUAUAACAUAAACAGAGGCUACAAUAGAAAUAAAGAAAUGCAACACAAUCAACGUAGCCAUAGAUACUAA